AUGUUGGUGUAUAGAGAUAUAACCAAGGAUGAUCUCAAAUACGACCUUGCUUCGGAUCCCUUCGAGGCCCUAUGCAUCGUGGCCGAACGAGCAACGGAGAUACGUGACCGCGAGGAGAAGGCGUUCCGGGAUAGCAAGCGUGUUGUCGAAAAGCCGAUCAUCUGCAUUUUGCCGAAAAGGCCUAGAGAGGAAGCCGCCCCCGUCCCCGCCCCGAGGCCUAAGCGAAGAAGGGCGCCCCCCGCGGAGGAGCCGAAGAAGAAGCGGGUGAGAAGGCCACUCCCUCCGCCCCUCCGCGAAAAGCCGCCGCUGCCGGCGGAAUUUCACGCCGCGAUCGAGGAGAUGGCCGCAGCUAAAAAAGCGGUGGCAACGGAGGCGAAGCUGGUGAUACAGAAGCGGCUCACGAGCACGGACCUGAGCGGCGGCCACAACCGCCUCUCGAUUCCGUUCAACGACGUCGAAAGCGAUUUUCUGACGGAGGAGGAGAAGGAGCACCUCCUCGGCCAGGAUGAGAAGAAUAAGAAGCGGUUUCUGGAGGUGGAGAUCGUGCAGCCGUCGCUGGCGGUGGAGACGGUGAAGUUUUGCCGGUGGGAUAUGCCCAAGGAGAACGGGAAGACGUCGUCCACCUACGUGAUUCGAGGGAAAUGGAAUGAGAUUGUGCACAAAAAUGACCUCAUCGUAGAGAUGGCGGUGCAGCUGUGGUGUUUUCGGGUUGAUCGGGAGCUGUGUUUCGCGCUCGUGAGUCUCGCCGACUGA